AUGGAUUCUUCAGAAGCACUGCCACCUCCACCACCAAUCAUUCCUGCAAAUUUUGUUCCUACGAAAGCAGAAUCCGGAAAAGCACCUAAGACAGGGAAAGAAGAAUCUCAGUCAAAGUUCUUGCCUAUGGUUAGAAGAGGUGUUGGGACCAAGGGACAGAAGAUACAGCUGCUAAGUAACCAUUUUGGAGUCGGUGUGGGCAUAAAGGACAGUUUCUUCUUUCAUUAUAGUGUUGCUAUGUCCUAUGAGGAUGGCAAUCCAGUUGAAGCUAAGGGAAUUGGCCGAAAGGUCAUAGACAAAGUUUAUGAAACAUAUGAUGAACUGAAAAACAAGAAUUUUGCAUAUGAUGGGGAGAAAAGCUUGUUUACUCUUGGUUCUCUUAAAGAGAAAAAGAUGGAAUUCACUGUUGUGCUGGAGGAUAUUUCAUCAAGGAGGGUUGGAACGCAUGGUGAUGGCCAUGAUAGCCCUUCUCAUGGAGAGAAAAAGAGAAUGAGGCGCCAAUCUCAGUCCAAAACUAUCAAGGCAGUGAUCAGUUAUGCAGCCAAAAUCCCAAUCCAAGCAAUUGCAGAUGCCUUGCGUGGACAAGAUUCCGAGCACUUCCAGGAAGCAUUGAGGGUCCUUGACAUCAUACUGAGGCAGCAUGCAGCAAAGCAGGGCUGUCUCCUUGUCCGCCAAUCCUUCUUCCACGACAAUCCAAGGAAUUAUACUGACCUAGGAGGUGGUGUUCAAGGCUGCCGUGGUUUCCAUUCAAGUUUCCGUCCCACUCAAGGAGGUUUAUCUCUGAAUAUUGAUGUGUCAACUACUAUGGUUGUAAAGCCUGGCCCUGUACUGGACUUCCUUUGUGAGAAUCAGAAUGUGAAGCAUCCAAAUCUUAUUGAUUGGACCAAGGCAAAAAGAGUGCUGAAAAACCUCAGAAUCAAGGCUAAUAAUAUUGAGUACAAAAUCAGUGGACUCAGUGAUAAUCCUUGCAGGACUCAGAAGUUUUCAAUGAAAGAUGGGAAGGACUCGAAUGGCGAACCACGGAUGACUGAAAUCACAGUUUACAAUUACUAUAAACACCAUAAGGGGAUUGAAUUGCCCUAUUCUGCUGAUUUUCCCUGCAUCAAUGUUGGGAAGCCAAAGCGCCCAACUUAUUUUCCAGUGGAGCUAUGCACCUUAAUCUCAUUGCAGCGGUACACCAAGGCAUUGACAAAUUUGCAAAGGGCUCAGUUAGUUGAGAAGUCAAGGCAAAAGCCCAAUGAAAGGAAAGAAGCUUUGGCUGGUUCUUUAAGAAACAGCAGAUAUGGUAAUGAGCCUAUGCUUCGCUCUUCUGGGAUUACCAUUGAAUCUGAUUUUACUCGGGUUGAAGGUCGUAUUCUGCAGCCCCCAAGACUUGUAGUAGGAAAUGAGGAGAGCUUCAUUCCAAGGGGUGGGCGCUGGAAUUUCAACAAUAAGAAACUAGUUAAACCUAUGAGGCUUGAGCGCUGGGCCGUUGUAAACUUCUCAGCUCGCUGUGACACACGUUUUCUGUGUAAUACCAUCAAGAAGUGUGCUGAAAUGAAGGGGAUUUACAUAAACCCUCCAUAUCAAGUAUUCGAAGAGGAUGGUCGUUCAAGGCGCGAUCCAGCACCUCUUAGGGUCGAGAGGAUGUAUCAACUUGUAAAGUCCAAGUUGCCUGGCCCCCCUCAACUUCUGUUGUGCAUUCUUCCAGAGAGAAAGAAUUCUGAUAUUUAUGGACCUUGGAAAAGGAGAAGUCUUGCUGAUGAAGGAGUUGCAACACAGUGUAUUGCACCAACAAAAAUUAAUGAUCAGUAUAUUACUAAUGUUCUCCUGAAAAUCAAUGCAAAGCUUGGUGGAAUGAAUUCCUUCCUGUCAAUGGAGUGUGCUCCUUCUAUACCUUUACUUCAUAAUGAAGCUACCUUAAUUCUUGGUAUGGAUGUAUCUCAUGGAUCACCAGGCCGAUCGGAUGUACCAUCUAUUGCCGCGGUUGUGAGUUCAAGGAAAUGGCCUUCAAUAUCCUGCUAUAGAGCCGCAGUUCGCACUCAGUCACCAAAAGUUGAGAUGAUUCAGUCUUUAUUUAAGCCUGUUCCUUCCAAUGAUGGUACCAAAGAUGAAGGUAUCAUCAGGGAGCUAAUUAUGGACUUCUAUGAAACUUCAAAUCAAAGGAAGCCUCAACAAAUCAUAAUUUUCAGGGAUGGAGUGAGUGAAUCACAGUUCAUCAAGGUCUUGAAUGAAGAGUUAGUUCCAAUCAUAGAGGCAUGCAAAUUUCUUGAUGAGAAAUGGUCUCCCAAGUUCACUUUUAUUGUUGCUCAGAAGAACCAUCACACUAAGUUCUUUAAGGACAAUGCUCCAGAUAAUGUUCCACCAGGAACUGUUAUUGACAGCCAAAUCUGUCAUCCUAAGAACAAUGACUUUUACAUGUGUUCUCAUGCUGGCAUGAUUGGGACAACUCGACCUACUCAUUACCAAGUUUUGCAUGAUGAAAUUGGGUUCUCUGCUGAUGAUUUGCAAGAAAUAGUGCAUUCUCUUUCUUAUGUAUACCAGAGGAGCACAACUGCCAUAUCAAUAGUUGCUCCAGUUUGCUAUGCUCACUUAGCAGCUGCUCAAAUGGCACAAUUUAUCAAGUUUGAUGAACUGUCUGAGACAUCUUCUAGUCAUGGUGGAACUACAAUUUCUGGUGCAGUGCAUGUUCCUCAGUUACCCCUUCUUCACCAAGAUGUUGCCAAUUCAAUGUUCUUCUGUUAA